AUGGCGUCGUGUUCUUCUUCCGGUUGCGGAGGCCAUCAUCGUGGAAGUAAAAAGCGGGAAGUACCGUACCAAGAUUAUUCCCGGAUAAAGAGUAAUGUACUGGGGAAGAUCCAGCGGAAGCAGACGGCUGUCUCAUUGGCGGACCUGUACACCGAUCCGUCUUUCCCGCCGAACCAAAGCUCAUUAACGUACGUGUACAGUGGAGACGACAAGUACGAGAAGAUCGAGUUUAAACGACCAAAGGAGAUCUCUCCAGACGCUACCUUGAUUGGAAUAGGCGGAGUCUGUGUGACUGACUUUCCUUACCACCAAUGGAAACAGAAGGCGUGGUUUAGAGCCGCUGUGGUCAUCGCUUCGCUUUCAUCCAAAUACAUGAGCCACUUAAUCCCAGGUUACCGAAAUCUGGAACAGUCCUUUGAUACAGACUAUAUUGGUGCUUUUCGGUUCAACCUCUGGAGGUUUGGUGAAUGGAUCGAGGUGGUCGUGGACGAUAACUUACCGGUGCUGGAUGGAGAGCUAGCCUACUGUGGGACGCUCGGCUCACCACCCGAAUUCUGGGCGCCGCUCUUAGAAAAGGCGUACGCCAAAUGUUGUAAAACUUACGAAGCCAUCGAGGUUGGGAAGACGCUCGACGCUCUGACUGACCUCACUGGCGCUAUUUGCGAACACUUUACUCCGGAUAUCACUCCGCCCGAGAACUUCUUCCAUCUCUUGUACAAAUCCAGUGUAAACCGGUCCUUCAUGGUCUGCUGGAGAAACGAGAAACGUCUGACGUCAACGGGAUUUGACCAUGAACCCGACAAGUCGCAGGUAUGGGAUAAAUCAGAAAAAUAUCUGCACAUGAUAACAGCGACAAGUAAGUUCCCUACAACGGACGGUAGAUUUAUUGAGAUGGUCCGCCUGAAGUCUGUGUUCAAACAAGAGCCAAAGUGGCACGGGAAGUUCUCAGACAGUGAUACCAUCUCGUGGGAAUCGCUCAACAAAGAGUUUGCUGAUAAAUACAAGCCUCUGACACACAAGGACGACGACGAAUUCUGGAUCUGCCUGGAGGACUUUCAGUGCAACUUUGGCGGUCUGGUUAUCUGCAGUAGCCCGGAGCCGUCCCGCUGUCAGGGGUUUAACAUCGAGAGGAAAUAUUCAUUACGGAAACACUCCGCCGCCAGAAAGACAUGUCAUUCUUUUCCGUAUUCCGCCGGCAAGGCGAACCGACCCGCGCGCCACUCCACGGAGGGAAUGUUUGCUCACACGCCUGAGGGAAAUGUUCGGUCCUCGAUGGAAAAAUAUCGGCUGAAUAGUAAAGAAGAGGUUAAUGCGAACACAACUAGAGCCAUUCGUGUUAAGGAGACGUAUAAUACUGUCAAGGUAGACAACUCCAAGUCGAAGGGUUUUACCACUGACAACUCCAGUGGCAGAGAUUCUAGUCCGGUUUCCUUCACAGCCAAACACAUCAAAAAAGGAUCACUACGAAAACAGCUAUCAGGACAUAAAAGUCGUGCCCGAAAACUGCCUACCAACGAGCCGGGCUUACAAAAGACGUCCUCUCUGCCCAUUAAAGGGGUAGGCUCCACUGACAAUGACCUUGACACUGAAGCCGAAACGAAGUUGUCGGUAGAGGACACAUACAGCACCUCAGAUAUUUACAUCACAGUCCAAGCCAGCCGAUCACGUGAAAACUCAAUCGGCAGACCUCGGUCUGCGCCUGCGCCUUCACAUAUCCCACGGGCCCAGUCCACGGGCUCGAUCAGCAGUCUUACCCAGAGUACCUUUCUGGCCACCAGGGCUGACCACUUCCGGUCGCAUGGAUCCUGGCACCAGUUGGUUUGUGUCAAUGGGACGCUUUUCCGAGAAUCUGGCUCACCGAGACUCCUCGUCGAUUCCAAGAACUUUGGUACCCGUGUUUUGCUGACGAUCACAAAACCAGACCCCGUCAACGAGAACAUCGCGCUGGAUUUCGAGGGUCGUAGCCACGUGCUUAUCUCCCUUAUCCAGGACUACCGUAGAGGAUCUAGCAUUUCUGGUAUUCUCAUGGCUCACAUAGGUUUCUACGUUUAUAAGACUAAAAACCCUGAGAAAGAUGAAAAACGAAGUCUGUCGAAACUGUCGCUGGUUGCCAAACAUGAUUCUCGCGGGGAUUCUCGAGAGAUUACCGCAAGACUGGAUCUGCUUCCGGGGAACUACUUCAUUGUGCCUUACUGCUCAGAUCGGGAUCACGAGGGUGACUUUCUUCUGAGAGUGCUGGGGGUGAAAGACACGAUAGCGGCGAAAGCCGGCUGCCUGAUAUCUUGA